GGAAGAUCCCCACUUCAAGGCUGGUUGAGCUGUGCAGAUACCAGAUUCCCACUUCUUCAAAUAAGAAAGAUUUGCAGAACUACUAGAACGUGGUUGGAUCUGGAAAGAUUAAGAGUCCCUUCUGAACUGCUCCAGACACUAUGGAUUCUAUCAAGAUGUCCUGCAAGGCUGUCCUCAGGCGAGGCAGUAAGAGGCAGUGGAGCUGGCCUCGGCACUGGGAGAGGCUGGAAUUCCUGUCUCUCUGUGCUGAAUGGCUGCGAUGGCGCCCGCUCUCACUGACGCAGCAGCUGAAGCUCACCACAUCCGGUUCAAACUGGCUCCCCCGUCCUCCACCUUGUCACCUGGCAGUGCCGAGAACAACGGCAACGCCAACAACAUCCUUCUCACUGCCAACGGCACCAAAAGGAAAGCCAUUGCUGCAGAGGAUCCCAGUGUAGAUUUCCGUAAUAACCCUACCAAGGAGGAGCUGGGCAAGCUGCAGCCACUGGUGGCCUCUUAUCUCUGCUCGGAUGUAACAUCUGUUCCUUCAAAAGACCCUUUGAAGCUACAAGGAGUCUUCAACAAGCAGACAGUUCUUAAACCUCACCCUCUCUUAUCUCAGUCCUUCUUGAAAACAAGCGAUCUGUUGGGGAGACAGCCAGUGUUGGAGUUUUCUUUGGAAAAUCUAAAAAACAUGAAUACUAGUGGUCAGCCACCUCUUCCACAAGCACCUGUGAAUGGCUUGGCCAAGAAAUUGGCUAAAAGUACCAAUUCAGACCAUGAAAACUCCAGUUCACUUAAUGGCGGGAAGCGUGCUCCCCUCUCAGCCACCCUCCAGGGUGUUGACUCUAACACUGCAGGGGGUUCUGAAUCAGGGGACUUGAAGACGGGUUUGACCAAUUGCACUCUUCCACACAGAAGCCUUGAUGCUGAGCGCACAUCUCCAUUUAGCAAUAAUAGCACUGCAAACAAUUUGUCGCUUAAUUCUGCAGCGCAGCAGCGGGUGAUUGAAGGAAGCAGUGGAGAGAAUAGAUUAUCUGGUGUAGAUGCACAUUCUGAUUUUGGGAGCGGCAAGACAGAGGAGCAGAAGUCUCCUCUGUCGGCUAGUCUCUUCAGUGCCAUGGACUCUGAUUUGAGGACAAGGGCAGUGCUACGGCGGCAGGCAGACAUUGAGAACCGUGCUCGCAGGCUGCAGAAACGCCUGCAGGUGGUGCAGGCCAAGCAGGUAGAGAGACACAUCCAGCAACAGCUGGGUGGCUUCUUGGAGGAGACUCUGAGCAAACUGCCAAACUUGGACUCUCUAAGGCAUCGGAGCCAGCUGAUGCUCACCCGCAAGGCAGAAGCAGCCUUGAGGAAAGCUGCAAGUGAAACAAGUACGUCGGAAGGACUAAGCAGCUUCUUGAAGAGCGACUCUAUUUCAGAGGAACUGGAGAGGUUUACAGCCAGUGGGAUGGCCAAUUUGAGAUCCAGUGAGCAAGCAUUUGAUUCGGAUGUCACUGAGAGCAGCUCAGGAGGGGAAUCUGACAUUGAGGAGGAGGAACUGACCAAAGCAGAACCAGAACAGCAUCAUGUACCACUGAGGAGACGGGCAGAAUGGAGAUGGGCAGCAGACCGAGCAGGUAUAGUCAGUCGCUGGAACUGGCUCCAAGCUCACGUCUCAGACCUGGAAUACCGAAUCCGACAACAAACAGAUAUUUACAAGCAGAUUCGCGCUAAUAAGGGGCUGAUAGUCCUUGGUGAAGCGUCGUCCCCAGAUACUGCAGUAGAUGAUGCAUCCCAUCCCCUUAGUGCCGAAGUUAAGCUGGAGCCCGGGACUGACAGACUGGGUGCUUCCAUUUCCCAGCCAGUAGUGAAUCUUGGUACAUCUGCUGGAAAUACUCCAGAAUCCCUUCCCUCCAAACCCUGUGGAGCGCUGAGACCCGUCAAUGGAGUUAUUAACACUCUUCAGUCUGGCUUGGCAGAACAUGCUCAGGGAGAUGGCACAGAUGUUGAGGAGCUGUUGCAUAAAAAACAGCGACUGAACAUGGUCUCUGCUCCUUCUGAUGGAACCUGUGUAGCAGCUCGCACCCGCCCAGUACUAAGCUGCAAGAAGCGGCGGCUCGUUCGACCUAGCAACAUCAUACCCCUCUCCAAAAAGGUUCAUCGUAACAGCACGGUGCGAUGUAGCUGUGAUGUGAACCCGUUGUGUGCCAUCUGUGGCACUCGAAGCUCCAUAUCUCCGGAAAUCCAGUAUGAAGCCCCUUUGCUGGAGCGCCUCUCCCAGCUGGACUCAUGUAUUCACCCUGUUCUAUCAUUCCCAGAUGAUGUGCCGACGAGCCUGCACUUCCAGAAUAUGCUGAAAUCCCAGUGGCAGAGCAAGCCCUAUGAGAAAAUUAAACCUCCCAAAAAGCUCUCGCUCAAGCAUAGAGCCUCCAUGUCGGCCAGUAGCCUGUCUGACCCUGCUCGCAAGGACCGCCACAAACUGGUCAACUCCUUCUUCACUGCAGCCAAGUGCUCACAUCACAAAAUCCAACCAGACAAGGCACACAGGCAGCCCUUAGACGAUCUAAUGGUUGUGUCCAAGGCCAAGAGAGCGCCAGAGCGCUCACUUAUCCUGCCUCCUGCACAUGACAAAAAGCAAUUGUGGGACUACUCACCUGAGAGACACGAAGUGUUAAAGCAUCACACGGAUGUCGGAGGCCCAAGCUACCUAUCAGCGACUGCAGCCUCUAUGCCCCACAGCCCCAUAGUGCGGCAGCUGUCCACAUCCUCUGAAAGUUCUGCUCCUGCCAGCACAAGUUCACAGGGCACCUCUAGCAUGUCUCAGCCGAGGAGGAGGAGAGGCGAAAGUUCCUUUGAUAUUAAUAACAUUGUCAUCCCGAUGUCUGUUGCUGCAACAACUCGUGUAGAGAAACUACAAUACAAAGAAAUCCUCACGCCGAGCUGGCGUGAAGUGGAUAUCAGUGCUCUGAAAGUGAACCCUGAGGAAGACAAUGAGGAGAUUGAGGACCUGUCCGAUUCAGCCUUUGCUGCUCUUCAUGCCAAGUGUGAAGAGAUGGAGCGGGCAAGAUGGCUCUGGAGCACCAGUCUGCCCCCUCAGCGGCGUGGCAGCAGGUCUUACAGAUCAGCAGACGGUCGGACAACCCCUCAGCUGGGGAACCCCUCCACUCCCCAGCCACCAUCCCCCGAUGUGGGCAACUGCCUCUCCCCACGCAGUCCCGUCAGCCCUGAACUGCACUCUGCCCCUCUCACGCCUGUUUCCCGUGACUCCAUGCGGCUCUUGUCCAGCGAGGACACCCGUUGUUCCACACCCGAGUCUGGUCUUGACGAACAGGCUGUGCAACCCUGGGAGCGACGCUACUUCCCGCUCUCCUACAACCCCAAGACAGAGUGCGAGGACCCGUCUGAUCCCCAGGACCGGUUGUCGCGCUGCACCCGGCGCACCUCGGGCAGCAAGUCAUCCCGGGAGAUGGACAGCGCCCUCCCCUUGCCCGCCCUCCCCAGCCCCAAGAGCCGGAACCCAGCGGUGGCCUCCUCAGCAGCAGCAACAGCAGUUCAGCGGCCGGCACACAGAUAGAGACAGACAGGAAGAAAUGAGCAAAACCAACACACAGAACUAACUCUUGGCAUUAAAGCUUCCGAAAUCUGCGUUUGAUAUUCAAACAUCCUGCCGGGAAUUUUCACAGUUUUUAGUGAAUUUAAGGAGUUUAGAAACUGUUUUUUUUUUGUUUGUUUGUUUGUUUUUGGUUUUUUUUUUUUUUUUCCCCAUGUUUCCUUGUCACACAAUAAGAGCACCCCAGCUUCCUCCCAGCAGAGUGAAGUCUCGGGAGGAGAGCAGCCUGCCAGACACCCUUCCGCAACUCCCCCUUAGGUGUAUAACUCUAGAGCACAGGAUUUAGCUGACUAGCAGACUUUGGGGAUUUUUUUUCUCGAGCGAAAGGGGAUUUUUCUCUUACUCUCUGCUGCCUGCUGCCUCCUCCCCGAAAAGUUUUAGUGGAGUGAAAUUAGUGGUGAAAAGUGAUGUCUUUGGAAUGCAACCUCCCGCACUAGCUGUCUUUCCCCACGUGCAGAGCUGAGAUCUGCAGUCGCUGCACCCCCACCCUCUGUCACUUUGUUCCCUAGGUUGUAGUUCCAGGUAUUACCUCCAUGAUUCCCCCAGGCUGCCUGCUGCAUUGCCCUUCCUUUCUUCCUUUCUCCACUCCUGCUUUUAGAGCAGCUGUUUGCUUCAUGGAGGACAAGCCUUCCUGUCACUUGGGGAAAGGAAGGCCCCUCAUUAGCUGCUUCAUGCACAGCUCCAUGUGGGAGAGUGAGAUUUCGGAAGCAGCCUUGUUCUGUUCACACCUUGUGUUUAUACUGGGUGAAGGGCAGGGAAGUGGGAGUCCAACCCAGCAUGUUCUGGUGCUUCAGCAGGAGCAGAGUUUAUCCUUUUGCUGGGAUCUAACUUCCUGCUGGCACCAGUACACGCUUUGCUGCAGGAAAUGCAGUUCUGUUACCAACACUUUAAUUUCUCUUCGUGGUUUUUUACCCACCACAAUUAGAAAAUUUCAGGCUAGGUUAGCAGCUGUCACUUCUGUUGUUACUGUUACUGCUUAGAAAUCAUGAUGAGCUGCAGAUGCCAGGAGUGUUCAGUUGGCAGGACUAGGACUCAGCAAUUCACCAUGUGAAGUCUGUAGGCUGCAGUACAUAGGCUGCUAAUGUUUGUUUCGCUUAAA